AUGGAAGAGCUAAAAGCAAAAGCUCGGCAAAGCCCAGAACUGGGCGAAGCUUUAGCGAAAUUAGAAGCCGAGAAAAGGGCUCGAAGAGAAGUUUACGAAACAAUUAUCUCCAUGAUUGAGCCAAUCGGUGAAGAGGUUCUUCUCCAGAAACUUCCAUUUUUGGAUUGCAAUUCAUGGAAGGAAGUUAUCGAAGAACGGUUCCUUGGAAAAGUUUGCGGUUUUCCCACUUGCAGCAAAACUAUUACGCCAAGGAAAUUUCAAAAAUAUUGGAUCGAUUCAAAGGCUAGGAAGGUAUACGAGGUGUCGACGGAGCGGGAAAAAUUUUGCGGUGCUCGUUGCUUUGAUAUGUCAAUUAUGAUAAUGGCACAACUUGAUGAGCAACCUCUUUGGAUAACAGGACAACGAACAAAAAAAAGUUUCGUAAUUGAAGAGCCCAAAAAUCCAUCACGAGAACUGAAGCCACUGCCGCUGCCGAAAAAGCAACAGAGACCGAGCUAUGAAUUUGUUCCAGAUCAAAUUGUGGCUCCACUCAAGAACUUGAAAGUUGCAGAGGCAGCAGAAUCACAAGCAGAUUCCGACUCGGAUGCACAUGAAUUCCUCGACAGUGAUGAGGGAGAUUUUGAAACAAAAGCGGACGACCGUUUCAUUGCCUCAAUUCGAAAUUUUCUAACGUCUAAGCAACAGAAGCCGUCCAAGAAAAGCCCGCUACAAGCACCGGACGAAGAAAAGCUUGCUCGGCUACGGAAUAAAUAUGGGACAAAAAAGGAAGCUCAGAAUAAAAAGAAACCUAUUAUAAUCGAUGCACCUAUUAUGCAGUCAGAAGCAUCAUGUAGCAAUGUCGUGACCGUUAAUAACGCCAAACAAGUGAAAGACGAUACCAUUCCAUUGGUUUGGAAAAUUACGAAAGAGUGGAUUGGCGCUCAGACAAAAGAGCUGGUCAAUCUCGGUGGUCCUCGUCUCGUCAACAAAGGUGAUAUUGCUCAACUGCGUGCCUUUUUUGCAGGAGAAUCAGCAUAUCAAGAGUUGGACGUUAACUUACCACCAAUUGACUCGUUAAAUGUGCACAGAAGACGGUGCGAGAUACUCAUCAAUCAACUUAAGAAACCGUGGACUUACAUGGAAGAAAAGCUUGAGCUUCAGCGAUCUCACUAUGACACCCUUUUGGCACUUGUACGGUCAUUCGCGCUAACUGCUGAUUUGCCUGUCCUUUCGGUAAAACAAACGCAUGCCCUCGUCAUUAUUUUGUUCCGAAUAGCCUGCAUGCUUGAUCAACAAGACAUCGAAAAAAGAUUCUUUCCAACCAAUUUGCCACCUUCCAAUGAAAUCAAAGCUUAUGCCUCGGAGAAAAAGCUCAAUUUUGAUGAUUAUUGUGAUAUUUUGGAUAGCAUUGGCAAAAGUUUAGUC